AAACCCGAGGGCCUUGUGGGAAUCGAGAGGCAAUGUGGUGUACCGUUGCCACAGGGUGGACUGUGCGCACGCAGUUUGACGUGCAAGUCGCACUCGACGGGUAGCAAGCGUACUGUUGCUGGACGAAGUCAUACCUACGACAUUCUACUGGCGCAGUAU